GUUGACCGUCAAUGCGGGCCCGCAGCUCGUGGAGCCCACGAGAAGUUUUGGCCCACUCUAGCUAAGCCCAGUAAGACAAGCCCAUAUAGGACUGUAUUACAUUGGGCCGGCUCGUACUCGCCUCAGCGUCCGUAAGCCCACCUCGCAAUCGUAUUCCCAUUCCUCGUUCCAAAUUUCCUCGCCGCCGCCGCCGCCGGAGAUGGGGAAGGUGCAGCACGCCAUGCGCGCCGCCCGCGGGCUCGCCCCGAAGCCCUCCACACCGUCCAUCCCGGCUGUUCCGUCUGGAACUCGUACCACCCAACAUCCUAAACCCCACGGCAAUAAGAAGCCCCGGGGAGCCGCUGCCCCCAAGGCCUCAGGCACCGCCCCGGUAGCCCUUGCUCCCCGGGCUCAGGCGGAAGCGCCGGCGCCGGUGACGGCCGAUAAGAGGAGGCCCAUCACCUCCCCUGCGGAGCUCUCGUCCGCCAUCCGCGCCACGGUGGACAAAGACGUCGACGCGGCCGCCUCGCUCGCGCUCAAGGCGGCGCCCACGAUCCCUAUCCCCGUGCAGUCCCUCGCGCUCCUCCUCCGCCGUCUCGCCGCGCACCGGUCCGUCUCCGCGGCGCGGGACCUGCUCGCGGGGCUCUCCUUCGGGCCGUCCUCCCCCGCGCCGCGCCCGGCGCUCCUCGCGCUCGCCGACGCCUGCUGCCGCCGCGGGGACCCGCGCGAGAUCGGGCAGCAGCUCCUUCCGGUUCUCGCCGACCACGGCGUCCGCGCCGACGCGCACGUCUACAACGCGCUCAUGAAGGCCCACUGCGCAGCCUCCGACCCCGAGGGCGUCCUCGGCGUGCUCCGCCGGAUGAAGGGCGACGGCGUCGACCCCGACCUCGUCACCUACAACACCCUCGUCUUCGGCCUCGCCCGCGCCGGGAUGGUCGCCAAGGCCAGGACCUACGUCGACGCCAUGGCCGCGGAGGGCCACUUCCCUGACGUGAUCACCUACACCUCGCUCAUGAACGGGAUGUGCGUCAAGGGCGACGCUCUCGGCGCGCUCAAGCUGCUCGAGGAGAUGGAGGCCAAGGGCUGCGAGCCGAAUGCCCGGACCUACAACACGCUGCUGAUGGGCCUCUGCAAGAACAGAAAGCUGGACAAGGCCGUCGAGGUGUACAGGUCCAUGGUAGGGGCUGCGAUGAAGCUCGAGACGCCGGCGUACGCGUCGUUCAUCAGGGCGUUGUGCCGGGCAGGGAGGGUGCCAGACGCGUAUGAGGUGUUUGAUUAUGGGAUCGAGAGCAAGAGCCUUGCACAGGUGACCGCGUAUAGCGAGCUUGAGAGCUCGCUCAAGUGGCUGCGCAGGAUGAAGGAGUGAGGAGGAUGAGGGCAUCAGGAAGGCUACAAUUAAGCCAAAAUGUCUUCUGCUGUUGCUGAUAACAAUCGAGUAAACAGAAGAACACGGCUUGAUCAUUCUCACGGUUUGUACUUUUCGCAUGUACACAUUGAAGGGGUGAAGAGAGUUGUGAUGCAGCACAACUGCACAAGAUCGCUUUUUCAUGGCAACAGGUUGGAAUCUGGUGCAAUUGGAAGAAGGGUUAAUGCUGCAGGAAAGAAUACAUUGAACUCUGCUAUUAAUUGAUGCCUGGAGGAUUGAGGAUCAGAUUUCCUGCAUGGAGCAGACUUUAAAGCUGUUGAAGAGUUUGCUAAGCAGCACGAACAAGAUCGCUUUUCGUGGCAACAGAUUGGAAUCGGAUGCGAUGGAAGGGUUGAUGCCACAAAAGAGGAUGUUGGACUUCUGCCGUUGAGGCCUGGAUGAUCAGAUUUUGCUGUGUAACCGAUCUGAACACAUAAUCUCAUCCGGGAUCUCUCAGUUUCCGAAGACGAUUUCAGUUUUCGAAAACGACCUAUGGACUGGUGGGUGAAGGAUCUAUGGAGUGGUGGGUGAAGCAUUGCCGGUUAGGGAGGAUCCCCUGAAUUGUGGCAAAGAAUAGAACUUGGUUGUUGAUAGAAGAAGUCUGCUAUUUGAGGUAUAUAUGCUGAGAUGAAACGUUUUUCUUUCCUUGCUGAAGUCUGAUACCGUUGCCUCGUGUCAUGAAAUCUUCAGAUUGUGUGCUCACCAGCUGCACCUAAGACACCGACACGUUUUUCUUGAAAAGAUGGUUGAACCAGCACGUUUUUACUUAAACAAACAAGAAGUUCAAUUGUGCUUGCUUCUCUGUUCUGUAUUAAUUUGUAUACCUAACUCGAUGGCCUGGAUAGAUCAACAACUGUCUCCCUUGUGUUCAAACAACAAUAACUAAAGUGUGGACAUGCA